UGACCAAGGCGUUAAAAUCAAGUGACUUUUGUGUUUUUUUUCAAGAACCUGCUGAAACCUAUUGAUGGUGGUUUCCAGAAGGAUCAGGAGAGUUGGACUGUGCUAACACCACUGCAACAUUACCUAGCGUUGAACCCUCGGGAGAGGAGUGUGAUUGAAACCUUUCCUCAUCUGUCCCCGUUAAACCGGAGUUAACGGACCUAAGUAGCGGCUCCAGGUGCUUUGGCGAUAAUUUAAUAGGAAAAUUGAUAGAGUUUGUGCCUCCCCGCCCCCCUAUUUCGCAGUGGAUUGACUCCUGGUCGCGUAUUAAAGCCCCGCCUUUUGCUGGGGGCCUGGCAGACAGUGUGUUUGUUCACAGGCUGGGUUCUUCUCUCUCAGAUACAGACCCAGGUACUGAGCUAUCUGAAAGAAAGCAAUAAUGGAGUGGAAACCCAUGGAAAUCAACCCUGAGAUGCUGAACAAAUGUUUGUCUCGUCUGGGUGUGGCAUCGAGCUGGAAGUUCGUGGAUGUCUUGGGUUUAGAAAAUGAAUCCCUCUCCAUGGUACCAUCGCCAGUGUGUGCUUUAAUGUUACUAUUUCCUUUAAGCCAACAGGUAGGAAAUCUCACCAACACUGACAGGGACCGUCAAACAUCAGAACUGAGUGGAAAGGGUAUUGACUCAAAAGUUUACUUCUUGAAGCAGACCAUUUCAAAUUCAUGUGGAACUGUUGGUCUUAUCAAUGCCAUUGCUAACAAUCAAGAUAAACUUGACUUUGUGGAAGGCUCUAUAUUGAAAAAGUUUCUGAAUGAGACCAUGGACCUUUCAGCAGGAGAGAGAGCUAAGCAACUGGAACAAAACCAGGAAAUUAAAUCAGCACAUGAUGCCACUGCACAGGAGGGAGAGUGCCAGGUACAUGAAGAUGGCACAAACUUCCAUUUUAUCACUUUAGUUGGUGUAGAUGAGCACCUCUAUGAACUAGAUGGAAGAAUGCCAUUCCCUAUUGACCAUGGAGAAACAUCAAAUGAUCAACUCUUGCAGGAUUCAGCAAAGAUAUGUAGACAAUUUAUGGAGCGUGAUCAAGGAGAAGUUCGCUUCACUGCUGUGGCCCUCAGCAAAGCCUCUUGAAUGUCAACUGCACAAUCACUUCAAAGUACUGUUUUAAGCUUUCUAAAAUGCUUGCUUAACUUUAUUGGGGUACUUUUUAAUACUUUUGCACUUGUGUAGAAGUCUUAAUGGCUGGCAUUUCUGCACCCCUUUGUGUAAUAUUGUUAUCUUUGGAUUGUAGACCAGUGUUUGCUUUAGAAUAUAAAUAUUGGAUUGUAAUGUUUCAUGCCUAACAUGCAGUGUAAUUGGUCAGUCAUUUAAGUGGCAAAGCAUUCUGCAACUUCUGACUAAAGUUGAAGGUUAGCUGCAGGGAUUUGUAGGAAGCUUGUUCAGUUCCACAUUGUGCCUCUUUUACAGCUACCCCUGCCAACACUGGCUGUAACCUGAAAUAAAAAAUAUGAAAGCAA